AUGCGCUUCAUCAACCUCGGUAUGCCAACACGUCGCGCCAAGCAAGCAUGCCUCCAUUGUAGGGCCAGAAAGAUCCGCUGCGACCUAGCCUUUGGAGGUUCACCCUGCCUAAACUGCCGUUUGGAUGAGGUCCACUGUGAGGUCAGGGGCCGGAAGCCGAAGCGAAGGCUCGACACAAAAAACGCGAGAGUCACGAUCAAGACCAACGCUGGCUCCACGACCACUACUCCCGACAACAUUUGGCUCCAGGAUGGUAUGUUUACAGCUGACAACAACUCGUCAUUGGGAGUCUACCAAUUCUCUUCCUCAAAUCCCUCGCCAUGUCAUCUCGAUAACGUGCAAAUAGAGUCGACUGAUGCUGGGUCCAAAGGCGAGUUGGAGCCGGCAGAAAACUGUCUUGCUUUCAUCAAUGACCCAGACCUAAGUAAACUUCCUCCAGAUGAUGUCGGCUUCUUACGACAACAAGGAUGCUUGAGCGUCCCGCCCAGACCUAUACUCGACGAAUUUAUUCGAGAAUACUUCUUACACGUUCACCCGAUGCUCCCCUUGAUGGAUGAGUCUGUGUUUUGGGAAAAUUACAGACAGCAAACGAAUAAGCUGUCGCUCUUUUUGGUUCAGGCAAUGCUCUUUGCUGCUUGCAGCUUCGUGUCUGAAUCUGCAACCAAAGAACUGGGGUUUGAAAGUCCUCGCCUUGCCGCUGCUAGGUUUUAUCAACGAGCCAAGCUUCUUUAUGUCUUCGACAUCGAACCCUCUACCGUCGACCUAGCGCGGGGAGCUUUGCUGCUCACAUUUUUACCCGUCUCGUUGGGCAGCGAUCACCCAACACCCAACUCAGUAUGGUUGACCCGAGCGAUCAAAUACGCCGAAAGCCUUGGUGCCAGCCAUGCGGAAUAUAUCGGUGGGGCUGACACAGGCUCACUGAAGCGGCUCUGGUGGUGUUGUAUCCUCCGCGACCGCAGUAUCUCUCUUGGUCAAAGGCGAUGUGUACAAAUCGCUGGGCAAUACCCGCUACCAGCGGAAGAUGUCUUCAGCUCCGAGUUUAACGGGUCUUUGGUUUAUACGCCACACACUAAAGUCCAGCUAUUCAGAAUAUUCCGUCGACUGGUGGCAUUAAGCUACACAGUAGGAGACUUGCUUCAGCUUAUGGCUCGGCAUCGCAAUGCUUCACAUCAGCUGGAGACUGUAUGUGCUGACGACCACGCAAUUCUAUCUACAUGCAGAGAGGAUCUUUCGACUUGGUUCAGUGCCACCGGAGAAGAAUUCCUUACACUGGGUCACGGAAGUCAGCAACGGCAUCCGUCUGUUAUUGUCUACACGAACUUUGUAUACAUACAAUACUAUACAGCGAAAUUGCUACUCCAUCAUCAGAAGCUCAUCGCUGAUGUUGGUGUGUGUGAUUCGAAUAAAUCUCUUCCCUGUGCACUCAUCGACGAGGUUCGUUCUUCCACCUUUCGUUUUAUCGACCAUCUGUCAGAGCCUGUCCGACUUGGUCUUGCACGAUUUCUACCCAUCAGCGUGGCUGUUUAUGCCGCUGUCCCAAUGGCGAUGCAUGUGUUUGAAGCCAGGCUCGGUGGUCAAACCACUGCGAACCAGAGGAGGCUUCGGAUACUAAUUGAAAUGUUGGAGGCACAUCAGCCACGAUUUGAGGGAAUCGAACCCCUGAGCCUUCUUGUUCGCCAAACUGUCACCUCAGUCGAGAGUGGUCUGGUGAGUCAGCGGAAGGGCUGCCUACGAAGCUGGACAGACGUUAUAGCCUACCAGCCAUACCAAUAUCUGAACUGUACGUCAGUCAUGGAACGAGCUCUGUGUUCUUCACAAGAAUUGAAAGGCGGUUCCAUGCCGAGCAGUAGCUGGUCUGCUAUGAUAGAAUACUGUCGCCCUGAGCUCGGGAUCCCAUCCAGUGUUUCCGACGCUGUUGAGGGUCUUGAAAGUAUUCACUCUCUUGCUUCUCUUGAUUUCGUAAUGGAGAUGGACGGAUCCAAGGCCUCGCUGUCUGAGCAAGAGUUAUUUGACUUAUGUAGCCUUGACUGGGACCCGUUCUCCAGCAUGGACAUUGAAGACGAAGAGCCGGACAGGAGUGAAGACAGAGUGGACCUCCUAGAUGAGAUAUUGAAUGACCUGUAG